UACAAUAAUACAAGCACUAUGUUAAUGAAGCAAUUGAUUUCAAAAUAUAAUCAGAUAAGUUAUCUCCACUAUUGAAAAUGAAAAGAUAAGUUGAUGAAAGUAGAGUUGGACAACAUGUGAUUCGACAUUGAAUUAUUUCAAGUACUAACAAGAUAUUCGAGCAAUCAGUGUAUAGUUAAGUGCAGAAGUCUCAAAUAGCGUACAUUCUUAUUCAAGAUGUCUGAAGCUAAUAAUUCUGAGACAAUUACCAAAGAUAAAAAGGUUGAAGAGCACAAGCCUAAAGCACCAGAUGGUGGUUGGGGAUGGUUUGUCUGCUUUGGCAGUAGUUUGAUUACGCUCUCAUUAAGAUCACUUGAUCCAUCCUUCGGACUUAUUUUCAACGAUCUAUUGACUGAUCUUAAAGUUGAUUCCACCAAGACGUCUUCAGUUCUUAGUGUUCUUGAUGCCUGUAUGAACUUUUCAGGAAUUUUCGUUGGACCAUUGUUGAAUAAAUUCUCCUUCAGACAAGUUGCAAUAUGUGGAUCUUUGCUAAGCUGCACUGGACUGGUUCUUACAGCUUAUGCUACCAGUAUAGCACAUAUAUUGGUAACUUACAGUAUUUUGACAGGUGUUGGAACUGGGUUAGCUGUGGCAUCAGCUUUCGUAGCAUUGAACACAUACUUUGAUAAAAAAAAAGGUCAAGCAGUGGGUUUUUCUUCAGCUGGCACCACGAUAGCUAUGAUGCUCGUACCACAAGCCGCUCAUUUAUUUCUUGGCCUAUAUGGAUUUAAAGGAACUAUGCUUAUAUUUGGAGGUCUAUCUAUGCAUUCAAUUAUUGGAUCCUGUUUCCUUCGACCUCUUAAACCAACCAAGACAAUUAGUUUUAAAAAACAAAAUCUUCGGUCACUUGAUAGUAAUGAAUUAAAGAUUCAUAAGGAAAGAAGAGAAGUAGAGUCACUUUUGGUGGUAAAAAAUGGAAAGAAUGAAAAUAAUACUGAAGCUUCAGAAGAGAUAUUGAAUGAAGAGAAAGAAAAAAAUCAGAACGAAAAAAAAGAUCGACAUAGUGACUUAUUUGUAGUAUUCACAGAUUUAUUUGACUUAAAUCUCUUCAAAAAUUACUCUUAUUUAAAUGUCAUUUGUGGUUUAAGUCUCUUCAAUGUUGCUGAAACAAAUUUCAAAUUGAUGACACCCUUCUUUCUGCGAAAUAGUGUAGGUAUGACAGAAGGAGAAGUAGCAACAUGCUUAUCUCUAACAGCAUUCACUGAUAUUGUUGCUCGUAUUGUUCUGCCGAUAAUAUAUGACAAGCUUGGAUUUAAAAAGAGACGUUUAUUUUGGAUAAAUGCCUUCUUUGUUGCAGUUGGACGAUCAAUAUUAGCAGAACGUUCAAAAGGUACCUGGCUUUAUAUAAUUCUCAUUAUCAAUGGUUUCAUUCGUGGUGCUGCUAUACAAAAUUUAUUACUUUCCGUUUCUGAAACAUGCUCAUUAAAAAGUUUACCCCAUGCUAUUGGACUUUUCAUGGUGUCAAAAGGAUGCUUUUCUCUUGCAUUGAGCCCACUUGUUGGUUUCGUGAGAGAUUAUAGUGGUAGUUACAGAAUUUGCCUGCACGCAAUGAGUGGUUUGAUUUUUAUUUGCUUUAUCAGCUGGAGUGUAGAAUUUCUGUGGAUUAAACUUCAUGAAAAACGAAAACCUGAAAAAGAUGUGAGUUCAAUUUCAUAAAUACAUAUAAUGUUGUACAUAUACACCAUCAUUUAUAAAAUAACUAGAUUAAUAAUAAAUAAAUUAUACAUUCAUUGUAAUG